UUCAUAUGGAAGUGUAUGUUGCGUUUUGAACGGGAAAGGUCUCCAUAAAAACAAUUUAUUAUGGAUUUAGAUGAAAACACUAACGUACUAGAUGAAGUUGAAAAUCUUUUCAAGAAGCUCGAAUCACUUCCAGAAAAUCUUAAACGGGUUGCAUUUAAUAAAAUUCAGGAAAAGUUGCCACUUCAAGAUAAACUCUGCAAAGACACUCGUGUAAGUGGAAGAAGGAAACGUCCUGGAAGAAAGCGCAAAGCCCAAGUUUAUGAAAGCAUAUGUGAUGAAAAUAAAACUGAAAAUUCAUGGUACUCGGAAAACAUUGAAACAGAGUAUGUUGUUGAAGCUGUGCUUACUAGGAGAGGACGUAGAGCGAAGAGAAUCAGCUAUGCUCACAUGCAUGGAUAUGGGAAGAACCAUGAAGAUUUUUAUGAAAAGCCGAAGAAUAUCAGUGAAGAGAAGAAGAAAAAGAAAGAAAUUCAAUAUUGUGCCAAUAAUGUUGAGCUAGAAUUGCCAGUAAUGAGACCAACAGUCCCAUCAAGAAAAAUUGUUGACUUUGAAAUUAAAGAACAGAAUGUAAAUCCUGACAGUAUUGUAUCCAAUGCAGGGAUUUUAGCUAAAAUAACAGAUGAGGUAAAUGAAGUUUCUGUACCUGACAAAACGGUUUCAGCAGUAUGUAUUAACACAGAAGUCCUAGAAAAUGAGAACCCUGAGGUGGUUGAUGACCCAUCUGCAGUUCCAGAGGAUACACAGACUGAAAAUUCAAGGCCCUCAGAACAGCAGAAUAAUAUAAUAAACCGCAAUGACUCUGAAGAAAAAAUGAAAACGGAAAAAGGAGUGCAAGAAUGUUCACGUACUACAUCAGGUUCAGUCCUUUGGAGAAAGCGCAGAGGCCCUCGGACUGACAAAUUGACUUGCCAAGACUGUAAAUUCAUGACAAGUAGCAGGUCAUUACUAGAAAUCCAUACUCGUCGCCAUACUGGAAUCAGACCUUACGUAUGUCCAGACUGUGGCAAAGCUUUUCCACAAUCAUCAGGCCUGAAUAUUCAUAUGAAACGUCACAGAGGCCAGCGAGAUUAUCCUUGUGAUUAUUGUGAAUAUCGGGCUUACACAAGAGUAGACAAACUACGUCACAUGACUGUUCACACAGGUGAACGUAAUCAAGUUUGCCAGUACUGUGGCAAAGCAUAUGCCAAGGAUUCAACACUCCGAGAACAUGUUCGUAGUAUUCAUGAAAGAUCUUCCAAACAUGUGUGUAGUGAGUGUGGCUUUACAACAUACCGGGCCAAUAACCUGAGAGUACAUAUUCGUAUGAGGCAUCGUGGGGAAUACAACAACCAUGUUUGUCCAGUAUGUAGUGCACGUGUUAAACAGCGGAAUGCGUUCCUUGAACAUAUGCGUUCACAUACUGGGGAGAAACCUUACAGAUGUGGGCAGUGUGAGAGCUCGUUUGCUUGCCUGGCAAGAUUGACAGUGCAUCGUAAAUCUGUACAUGAGCCAAGGAAGUUUCCUUGUUCCCACUGUUGCAAGACGUUCCAAACAAAGCAUCAUUUACUACGUCAUAGUGUAAUACACACCAAAGCAAAGCCAUUUUCUUGCCCAUUUUGCACAUAUUUGUGUAAUACUCAAGGUAAUAUGACCAAACACGUGAAGACGAUCCAUCACAUGCCACAUUUCUCAUACAGAAAAUACAAAGCUGAUCAGGAAUCUGGGGCAUUUGCAACAAAUAAGAUGAACCCAGAAUGGAUAGAAAAGGGCCAAAGAGUCACCGAACAGUACCUGAAAGACCUGUCUACAAAACUUGGCCGCAGUGUAACUCUGGAUGAACUGAGGGCACGAGAAAAUGAGAAGCAGAAGCGUAUAAAAGAUGAAGUAGAACAAGCCAAAAUCAAGCGCAUGAAUCGGAUUCAUACACCAGAACAUUCUUAUCAUUCACGUCCUGGUAAAAUGGCAUCAUUAAAUUCAAAGGCAGAAACUGUAAAACUUGAAGGGGAAGAAGUAGUUGAUCCAGCCACAUUAAUUCUUCAAGUAGCAGCACAGAAUGCAGAUAAUUUUGUAGACAUGGUGAAUGAUGAAGACCUAUCUUCUCCACCACACAUUGUCCAAGUGGACUUAUUAUCAGGAAUACAUAAUGAUGACACUCCUAAAUGUGAGGCCUCUCAAGUCACUGUAGCACCACACAUAGUGCAAAUGCUGUCAGGUAUAAACAGUGAUGACAAUUCAAAAAAUAAUGCACAGGUUAUUCAUAUACAGACUUCAGAUGCACUGCAAGGAAAUGACUUGGAAGAGGGUGAGUUUGAGACUGUUAUCUUAUCAAAUGGUGGUGAAGGAAGUGAUUUUGUAACAGGACAAGUUUUUGAACUUGUGUCAAGUGAGAAUCUGCAGCUGUGUUUAAACGGAGAAUUCAUUGAAAGUGGAGAUAGUAACACAAUUCAGGUUUUGCAUCAAGAGUCAUUGUCAAAAAAGGAUGAAGUUUACAGUGUAAGUCAGGGUUCUGAACAGCAAAUAUUAGAAAUUGGAAGUGCUGCUCAUUUAAUGUCAAACAAAGAAGGCAAUACUCAAGAAGCAGAUACUGUUGUUGUAAUCAUAAAUACAGACAAUUCUCUGGAAAACACUUUGUAAUUUUUUGUUGGUAUUCAGAAGUUUCAUAAACUAUUUCUGGAAGUGAAAGUUGAGGCAGACAUUAAGAUCAGUUCUUGAAGUUGAAGGAAAAAAGCCAGAUUGUCCAUACUUUUUUAGAGUUGAAUCUGGCAGAUAUCGUGGACAGUUUUUAACUUCAGGAAUGAAUCUUUUUGGUUUAUGCAUAAUUUGAGAUCAAGAGAAUAUAGUCAUCAUCCUUUUCCAUACUGAGAUUUGUUAUGUAUAUUCUGAAGCCGAAUCCUUCUGCUCUUUCAAUGUAAGAUAGUCUGAAAUAUGUGUUUUGAACUUCUAUUAAUUUAUACUUUGGAAUAUAUACAUCCAUAAUGGUGAUGCUGGUUAAAUACUAAUGGCAGAUUAUUGUGGAAGGAGGCGGUAAUAACAUUUAGUGUAGCUGUAUAUUGCCUCUCAGAUUGUUUUUUUCUUUAAUUCGCACCUUAAGGUGAAAAGUUGUGAAAGAUUGGUAUAAUCCUAACUAACUAUGUAGGCUGUUCAGCAAAUAUGUAACAUCCACUCAUAUUUAUUACUUCAGCAUAGAUGUGCUGAACAACAAAGUACGAUGGAGACCUUCUAUUUCAGUACACAGUUGCCAGACCAAUUAAGAUGUUAGUCCUAGUGAUACAGAAUGUCUUCAUUUCCAGCAGAGAAGCAAUGACGUUAUGUUGUUUGCACCCACUUGUGCAUCAUGGCUUUCAUCUCUUCAGAACGUAAUAAAGAAAUGUAUACAGUA